AUGGCCAAGCCUGGGCAGACAGAGCCCAACGGGAUGGUGGCAGUGAAGGAGUGCACCCACUGCGGCUCGCUGCAGCCUGGGCCCGCCGGCACCAAGUAUGGCUGGCGGCGCCACCCCGACAGCAAGCGGCUGCUAUGCGGCGUCUGUGGCAGCUAUUCCAACAGGAACGGCGGCGAGCUGCCUGAGCUGCUGGAGAAGGAGCAGCAAGAGGAGAGAGAGGAGGAGGAGGAGCCAGAUGUGGCCGACGCUGUGAAGCAGUGCAGCCACUGCGGCUCCCUGCGGCCUGGGCCAACUGCAUACUUAUGGCGGCGACACCCCACGAGCAAGGCACAGCUGUGUGGCCCCUGCGGCCGCUUUGCCUACACGCACGACGGCGAGCUGCCAGAGCUUCUGGCCACGGAGGAGCAGCAGCCCGAUCAGCAGCAUGAAGAUGAUGAUGAGGAGCAGCAGCAGCAGCAACCAUCGCAGCGGCAGUGCCUGCAGUGCGGCAGCACCAGCAAAGGUAGCACCAAGACGGCAAGGUGGCACCGCCACCCUGCCACAGGGGAGGAGUGGCUGUGCCAGCCCUGUUUCAGCGGCGCGCGGGCAGCCUUGAAGCGGCAGAAGCGGCAGGCGAAGAAGCAGCCUCAGCAGGAGGUGGAGAGCGAGGUGGAUCCAGAGGAAGAGGAGGCGGAGGGAGAAGAGCAGAGCGAGGAGGAGCAGCCGCAGCAGCAGCCCCAGCAGCGCCAGUGCCUGCAGUGCGGCAGCACCAGCAAAGGCAGCACCAAAUCGGCAGGCUGGCACCGCCACCCCGCCACAGGGGAGGAGUGGAUGUGCCAGCCCUGCUUCAGUGAGGCGCGGGCAGCCCUCCUGCGGCAGCAGCGGCAGGCGGAGAAGCAGCCUCAGCAGCACGAGGAGAACGAGCAGCAGGAGCCAGAAGUCGCAGCCGCUGUGAGGCAGUGCACCCACUGCGGCGCACUGCAGCCUGGGCCCACCGGCACCAAGCACGGCGGCAGGCUGCCGGAGCUGCUGGAGGAGGAUCAGGAGCAGGAGGGGGAGGAGGAGGAGGUGGAGGAGAAGGAGCAGCUGCUGUGCAGCCAUUGCGGCGAUGACCGGCCUGGCCCCACCCCCACCUACCCCUGGCGCAAGCACCACUCCACCGGUGCACGGCUGUGCAAGGAGUGCUGGUUGUACCAGCGCAAGCACGACGGCUUCCUGCCGGAGCUGCCGCACCAGGAGCCAGGCUCGGCAUCGAUGGCGCCGCUUGUGGCGGCAGCAGCGCAGGCAGCGGCAGCAGCGACGCCUGCUGGCAGGCAGCGUGGCCGUCGUCAGUCUCGUGCUGACGCAUCCGAGGAUGCGGCCGCAGCUGCGCAGGUGGCCUCCCCCCGCCCGCAGACCACAAGGCGCCAGCAGGCUGGGGCAGCAGGGCCUGCCGCUGUGCCUGGCGGCAGCCGCAGGCAUGGCCGCCCCCCGAAGCGCAAGCUGCUGCCAGGCGAUGAAGGCCUGCCGCCCCCAGCGAAGCAGCUGCACCGGCACCAGGCACAGGCCCCAGCUGGGGCAGCUGAGUCCCCAGCAGCUGCUGAGAAGGGCCACCUGGACCUGCUGGACCUGCUCGUGGAGGCCUCCAACCUGCCGGCAGCCGCUGCCGCGGGCCUGGGCGGCGAGCUGGUGGGCGGCUUCUGGGCGCUGAUGCUGACGCUGUCGCCGGAGCAGCAGGCGGCGCGGCAUAUCCUGGCAUGCAUGGUGAAUCCAUCGUCAUUGCAAGACCCAAGAGUUUGUUGUUGUUUGCACUGUUGCACUUGCACUACAUGGAGAAGGUUAACCUGCUGGAUGUGUGAAUAUACGUGUGUCAGCUCAGUGGCACAGUGGAAAGGCGGUCUAGUCAAUGGGGGCGGCGGCGCGCCAGUAGUCAGGCAGGCGAGGGCCUGCUACCAGCAAGCAGUCCUCAUGCGCUCGGGCGAGGGCGCAUGGGUGGACAAUAUUCUGGCAGAUGGGCCGGCAGACGACAUGGCCCCGCUCCCGCCAGAGGGGGCCGUCGAGGCCGGCACUGGCGGCGCCAGCCCAACAGCUGGCGCCCAGGUGCAGCAGCUGGAUCAGAUUCAGGCGGCGCUGCAGGACCCAGAGUCAUUUCCAGAGGCGGCCAUCACCGCGGCACUGCAGCACGCAGGCGACACCGAUGCUGCCCAUGCUUACGAUGCUGCCCAGCAGGAACAGGGCGACGGCCAGGAGGAUGCAGCCUAUGCCGACGCCCCUGUCGUGCUGCCCCUCCUGUACAACCCGAUGGUUGCGCAGCAGCAGGCCUUUGACGCGCUCGUCAUGGGGCCCCUGCUGUCCGCCUACGCGGUGCAAGGCGCGGGCGGGAUAUCAGGGUCCUUGGCAGCAGGAGGGGUGGGCAUCAGCUACAUGUUUGGGCCCUCAGCCCCUGCUGCGUGCCCGCAGCCAGCAUGGGGCACCAUCAAGAGCAGGAGGCAGGCGCAGAGUGCAUGCUGGGCAGCACAGGCUCCAGCACCAGCACCUGUAGCAGGCGAGGCUGACGGCUAUGUGCUGCCUGUUGUCAGCAUGGCUCCAACAGCAGCGUCAGCAGCAGGCGCUAUGCAGGGGCAUGUGCUGCCUGCUUUUGGUGAGACUUCGACUGAAGCAGCCAGCAUCGCAGCAGACGUGGCGCAGGGCCAUGUGCUGCCUGAUUUUGGCGAGGCAGCGACUAAAGCAGCAGCAGCAGCUGCUGCAGACGCUGUGCAGCAGCAUGUGGUGAAUGAUUGUGGCGAAGCAGCUGCGCCAGAGGAGGUGGAAGAGGGCCACGGGCUGCCUGUUGUUGGUGAGGCUCUGACAGAAACAGCAGAAGCAGUAGCAGCAGCAGAAGUGGCCAAAGGCCAUUUGCUGCCUGAGGUUGGCAAGGCUCCAGCAGCAGCAGCAGCAGCAGCAGUAGCAACAGACGUGGCCGAGGUCAAUGUUCAGCCUGACUUUGGCGAGGCUCCAGCGGCGGCGGCAGCAUCAGCAGCAGAAGUGGCAGAGGGCCCUGUGCCGCACGCUGUUGCGGAGGCUCCGACUGAAACAGCGGCAGCGCCAACAGCUGGCGUGGCCGCGGGCAAUGUGCUGCCUGCUGUCGGCGAGGCUCCGACAGAAACACCAGCAGCAGGGGUGGCUGAGUGCCAGUGCCAAGCGCUGCCUGUUGUGGGCGUACCAGCAACCGCAGCCGGCAAGCCGGUGGAGCAAUCGGUGCAGGCGCCGAAGCAUGGCGGCACCAAGUUCAGGGUGCGCGUCCCCAGCAAUGUCAAGCUGGGCGCUGCUGCUGCACCAUCCGCCGCGCCACACGGCAGCCGCGGCGUCAGCGAGGCGCCUCCCGGCAGCGGCAAGUAUAAGGUCCAGGUCAAGCUGCCGCAGGCGAGUGAAAUGUGGGGGUGGGGCAGGGCGUGCCUGCCGGCAGUGCCGGCGCGCGAUGUCCGCAUCGCCGGCUACCAGUCUGAGGCUCUGACUGCCGCCGCUCAUGACCACGCCCGUAUCUGGUGGGCGCUGCGGCAGCAGCAGCCGGAGGGGCCAGGCACAGCAGCACAGGCAGCCUCGCAGGAUCAGGUGCAGGCGGCAGUGCUGGGGCUGCAGGGCGAGCUCAACUUCCCGCCAGUUAAGUUCAGCAGCGAUGCGGCUCUGCUGGCCUUGCUGAGCGGUGCCACCAGGCAGCAGCUGGAGGAGCACCUGCAGCCGUUCCGGCUGCAGCAGUGGGAGGCGGCUGCCGGCUCAGCAGGCCAGCAGCAGCGGCAGGCAGGGGUGGGUUCCGCAGCACCUCUGCGCCGGGACAACACCACGCGGUUUGUGGGCGUGGCUCGCAUCACUGGCAGCGUCAAGCUUCAGGCCGCCAUCACAGUGGACGGCACCCGGGAGCACCUGGGAGCGUUUGACACGCCGGUGGAGGCUGCGGUGGUGCGUGACAUCGGCAUCAUCUGGAAGCAGCUGCACGGCCUGGCGGGCGACGCCAUGCUCAACCUGCCCCACAGCAACCUGGACAAGGAUGCGGGGCUGGUGCAGGAGCUGCGCGAUGCUGCCAACCCAAAGGCGCUGCGAGCGGUGCUCGUCCGCUGGGUGCCCAACAACCUGCAGGAUGUGGUGGCGUGCCUGCCAGGCGCCGAGGCGGGCGGCCAGCGUGCCGUAGCUGCCAGCCUGGCAGACAUCCUUUUGGACAGUGAUGGGCCCAAUGGCUGCUUCCGUGGUACCAGCAGCGGCGACAGCCUGCAGGCCUUGCAGCAGGCUUGGGAGGAGCCAGGUUGGCAGGAGGACGCCUGCGCUGGACUGGGCAUCGAUCAUGCCAGCGAUGCGAUGGAUGAGGGCGAGGAUGAGCUCGGCAGUGGGGAGAGCACAGAUGAUGCGGGAGUUCAGCGGUGCAGCCAUUGCGGCGACAGCCAGAGCACGGGCUACCAGCGGCACCCGUCGAGCGGCAAGCUGCUGUGCGCCAACUGCUUCUCCUACCUCCAGCGCACGGGGCUCGACCGGCCAGCCGACGUGAUUCAGGCAUACUUUGCCAACCGCGCAGCGGGGCGCAGCACACGCGGCCGCCCGCCCGGCUUGAGUGCCAGCCGUGUGGCGAUGGGCACGGCCGCCAGGCCUGCAGCAGGCAGGCGGCGCAAGCAGGAAGAGUUUGCGUCGCUGUCGUCGGAUGAGGGCGCUGCCGCAGCAGAUGAUGAGAGCUCAGAGGAGGAGUCUGACCGGGAGGAUUCCUUGUUUGACCUGAACCAGCGCAGGCUGCGCCGCCACCUCGGCCUUCAGCUGCAGCAGCGGCGCCAGCCAGCCGCGCCCUCUGCCCUGGGCGGUGUGCUGCCCAGCCGGCGCAGGUCCUCGGCCGGCGUAGCAGCAGCAGUGGCAGCAGCAGCAGCAAGCGAGGACGAGGAGAUCAGCGAGGAGGAGGAGGAGGAUCAGCAGCUGGCACCACAGCCGCAGCGGCAGCGGCAGCGACACACGCCGCAGGAGCAGCAGCUGGGAGAGCAGCCAGCCGCUGCCCCACCCGCUGCGGGGCAGUGCACACACUGCGGCGCGCUGCAGCCAGGGCGCCCCGGCACCAAGUACUACUGGCGGCAUCAUCCCACCACCGGCAAGCAGCUGUGUGCCCGCUGCGGCCGCCAUGCCGACAGGCACGGCGGCAGGUUGCCUGCACUGCUGGGGAAGGAGCAGGAGGAGCAGCAGCCGCCGCAGCCCCCGCAGCGCCAGUGCCUGCAGUGCGGCAGCACCAGCAAAGGCAGCGCCAUUUGGGCAAGGUGGCACCGCCACCCCGCCACGGGGGAGGAGUGGCUUUGCCAGCCCUGCUACGGAAAGGUGCACACAGCCAUCAAACGGCAGCAGCGGCAGGUGGAGAAGCAGGCUCAGCAGGAGGAGAAGAGCGAGGUGGAGCCAGAGGGGGAGGAGCAGAGCGAGGAGGAGGAGGCAGCAGUCGCAGCCGCUGUGCCGCAGUGCACCCACUGCGGCUCCCUGCAGCCUGGUCCCCCCGGCGACACAUACAUCUGGUGGCAGCACCCCACCAGCAAGGAGCAGCUGUGUGGCCGGUGCUAUGGCAACGCCUCCCGGCAUGGCGGCGAGCUGCCAGCGCUGUCAGAUGCGGAGGGGGAGCAGGAGGAGAGCGAGGAGGAGCAGCAGCCGCAGCAGGAGCAGCAGCCGCAGCAGCAGCCCCCACAGCGCCAGUGCCUGCAGUGUGCCAGCACCAGCAAAGGCGCCUCGUCUGGCUUUUGGCACCGCCACCCCGCCACCGGGGAGGAGUGGCUUUGCCAUCCUUGCUACCAGAGGGUGCAUGCAGCCAUCAAGCGGCAGCAGCGGCAGGCGGAGAAGCAGGCUCAGCAGGAGGAGAAGAGCGAGGUGGAGCCAGAGGGGGAGGAGCAGAGCGAGGAGGAGGAGCCAGCUGCUGCACCUGAACAGGCAGCUGCCCCACCUUCUGUGAAGCAGUGCAGCCAUUGCGGCUCGCUGCGGCCUGGGCCAACUGCAUCCUACGUAUGGCGGCGGCACCCCACCACCCGCAAGCAGCUGUGUGGCCCCUGCGGCCGCUAUGCCGAAAGGCACCGCGCCGAGCUGCCAGCGCUGUCGGAUGCAGAGUUGGAGGGGGGGCAGGAGGAGAGCGAGGAGGAGGAGGAGCCAGCUGCUGCACCUGCACAGGCAGCUGCCCCACCCACUGCCAGGCAGUGCACCCACUGUGGCUCGCUGCGGCCCGGGCCGCCCGGCACCACGCACCGCUGGCGGCGGCACCCCACCAGCAAGGAGCACCUGUGUGGCCGGUGCUAUGGCCACGCCUACCGGCAUGGCGGCGAGCUGCCAGCGCUGUCAGAUGCGGAGGGGGAGCAGGAGGAGAGUGAGGAGGAGCAGCAGCCGCAGCAGGAGCAGCAGCCGCAGCAGGGCCCGCUGCGCCAGUGCCGGCUGUGCGGCAGCGCCAGCAAAGGCAGCACCAAGGCGGCAGCCUGGCACCGCCACCCCGCCACCGGGGAGGAGUGGCUGUGCCAUCCUUGCUUCAACAAGGCGCGGGGAGCAUUGAGGCGGCAGCAGCCGCCGCAGCAGGGGGAGAGCGUGGAGGAGGAGGAGCCAGCUGCUGCACCUGCACAGGCAGCUGCCCCACCCACUGCCAGGCAGUGCACACACUGCGGCGCGCUGCGGCCUGGGCCCACCGGCACCAAGUACCAGUGGCGGCGGCACCCCAUCACCCGCAAGCAGCUGUGCGGGCCCUGCGGCCGCCAUGCCGACAAGCACGGCGGCGAGCUGCCUGAGCCGGAUCAUGGGGAGGCAGCGGCAGCCAUCCCAGCAGGCCAGGCAGGUAGGCGGCGUCGGCGGGAGCCCUCGGAUGCAGCAGCAGGCGUAGAUGUGGCAGGGGCAGGUCAGCAGCUGACGCCAAAGCGGCACAAGGCACAGGAUCAGGGUGUGGCAGCAGCGGCUGCGGCUACAAGGGGCGGGUCGCCCAUGUCUGGGCACAGGCGCAGGCGCCGCCAGCAGGAGGAGCAGGCUGCAGACAGCGCUGAAGCUGAGGCUGGCGAGAAGCAGAAGGAGCAGGCUGCUGAGCCUGCGGCCAAGCGGCGGCGCGGCAAGCAGCAGGAGGUCCCCGAGCCGCCAGCAGCUGCAGUGGCCGCUGCGCCUGCCGAGCCAGCUGGGGCGUCCCAGGCUUCUGACAGCGCUGGUGCAACUGGCCGUGGCGGUGGCGAGUGCCGCUGGGUGAAUGCCGACAGUACAGCCUUGGAUGUGGAAGUGAAUGGGACGUGCAUCCUCAGCGAGACCCUGGUGCUGCCUGCCGCCAUGGCCGCCAAGCUGACGGGACUGGAGGCUGGUGGCCAUCUGCGCCUGCGAGAUGCCAGGACCGCCGACAACAGGAGUGCAUGGAAUGCCAGCCUGGGUGAUGGGAGGAUCGAGGGCAAAAAGCUGUUUUCGAAGCUGGAUGUGCAGGAGGGCGACCGCCUGCUGCUGCACCGCCAGGCGUCUGCCGCCGCGGCACGUGUCCCGGGUGACAGGCCGCCGCUGCUGGUGGCUGCCAAGGUGGCGCGGGAGGGGCCUGGGGAGCAGGCGCUGCAGCAAGCGCUGGCCGUGGCUGCUGCGGCGGCAGGGGUCAGCGCUCCUGCACCAGUGCCGGCCAGCAACAAAGACACCGGUGUGGCUGCUGAUACAGCGGAUGCAGGCGCGGCAGCUGACAGCCCGGCACCCAUGCUUCAGGAGAACCCGGCAGCUGCUGUGGUCGACGCCAAGCAGCACCAGAAGCAGCUGCCCGUUGCGAGGCACAUGUUCUAUGCUGCCGCGGCAGCACCAGCCGCCAAUGGCAAGAGGCAACAGCCAGACCAGCAUGCCACAGCAGCUGCGGGAGGCAGGCAGAAGCAGCAGGCACGUCGCUCCAUCGCCAGGCGCAUGUUCCGUGCGGCAGCAGCACCGGCAGCCGACACUGCGGCAGCGGCGGCGGCUGGCGUGGCGGCCCGUGCUGCUGUUGCCAAUGCUGGCCAGGCGCCCGGGCAGCAGCCGGCGCGUCCCCAGCCGGCGCCGCAGCAGCCAGUCCAGCAGGCACAGCAGGCACAGCAGGCGCAGCAGGGCCACCUGGACCUGCUGUCCCUGCUCAUGGAGGCCUCCAACCUGCCGGCAGCUGCUGCCGCGGGCCUGACUGCCGAGCUAGUGGGCGGCUUUUGGGCGGUGAUGGUGACACUGUCCUUGGAGGAGCAAGCAGCGCGGUGUGAUGACGCCACUGCUCAUGUUGCUAGUGGUGGCUUGGAGAAGUCCUGGACUGACCACGACGGCGCAGAGGCUGCGGUGGCGGCAGUGGCCGGCAUGCUGGUGGCGGCGGUUGCAGACGCGGAGCAGCUGCACGUGGCUGGCGGUCUAGAUAGCGGUCGAGGCGCUGAAAGAGAUGUGCAAGGCAGGAGCUCUACUUUGGAGCCGCCACCGCCCAAGCGGCAGUGCCCGGACCGGGCAGAGCCGGCAGCAGGGCUGCUCGAGACAUCCAUGCAGCAGGGACGCGCGUCUGUUGCUCUGCAGCGGCUACAGCAGGCACCAGUGACCCGAAGACUGGGCAGGCGGUUUGCCGCGGCACCAGGGGUGAAGAUAGGGGGCCCCAGCCCUGCAGCAGCGGCUCGAGCGGCAGCGGCGGCGGCACAAUGGGAGCCUGCCGCGCAGCAACAGAAGCAGGCAGGGGUGCCACACACCUCACCAGGGGGACCAAUAGAGGGACCAGCAGCGGCGCAGGAGCAGCCACCUGUUCGGGCCACGCCGGCGUGCAGCAACUGUGGCGGCAGUGCAAUCAGCCGGUCUGGGCGGCACCCGCUCACCAGGCAGCUCCUGUGCGAGACUUGCGCCUCAUACAGGAGGCGCACAGGGCGGGACAGGCCUGCUGAGUUGAUCGACGCCCACAGGCAAGCGCAAGCGGAGGGCCGUGGCAGGGGCAUGCGCAGGAAGGCAGCCAUUGCCGUGGAGCGGCAGGAUUACAAGAAGGGCAAGCAGCAGCAGCAGCAGCAGCAGCAGCAGCAGCAGCAGCAGCAGGCGACAGGGGGAGCCGCUGCUGUGGCUGACCCCGUCAAGCCGCCGUCCCGGCGGCGAGCAUCGCUUGGCGUGGCAGCAGCAGUGGCAGCGGUGGCAGGCACCAGUUCAGUGGAACACACAGUUGCUUCGGAGGGGCACCGCCGUGCCGGCUGUGGCACCAACAGCGGCAGGCAUGCUUGGCAGCAGCAACCCCCAUCUCACGAGAUGCCAUGCAGCAGCUGUGGAGCGCAAGGCAGCCAGAUCGACAGGCAGCAGGGAGAGGGCCUGCAUCUGAAUGAAGGCGCAGCUGCGGCCCCAUUGCCAGCAGCCAACGAUGCACCGGAACCAGCACCAGCCGCCACGGCCUGUGGGCUAAGCAAUGCCGCCGGCGGUGGCGCAGCAGCACAGGAGCCUGUGCCAGCAGUUGCGCAGCUUGCAGCAGCGCAGGAGCCUGCGCCAGCAGCGGCACCACUUGCAGCGGCGCAGCCGCCUGCUAGGCCUGGUGCGCAGCCAAGCAGUGUGCCAUCCAACGCGCCGCCUUGCGCCAUGGAGCAGGAUAUGAAGCUGGAGCCAGAACAAGGUGCAGGCUGCCAGCCAUGCUCCAUCAAGCAGGAGCACCAGCCGAUGGCAGCGCCGCCCCCAGCCACCGAGGCAGCCGAGCGCGGCCAGCAGCCGCAGCAGCCUGGGCAGCCUGCAACGGCGGCAGGCCCUCCCACCGAGGCGCCUGCCAUCGAGCAAGAGGGAUGGCGGGAUGAGGGGAUGGAGGCCGGGCCGGCGGCGCAGGCGGACCUCCCUGCAGCGGCAGCGGCACCUCUGGGCCUGGCUGCUGGUCCCACCAAGCAGCCGCGACUGGCUGCUGCAGCUGCUGCACCGAGUGAUGCUGCUGCCUCGGUAGAGGCAGCCACCGUGGCAGCAGCUGGUGCAGCUGGCCACCGUGCCGCCGAGGCUGAUGCCGCAGAGGUCUGCCCCGGCCCCGAAAACCAGGAGGCCGCCGCGGGCAGCGAGGCUGGCGUGCGCCGCCUGCUGGUCCACCACCACUUUGCCGCCGCGGCAUCCCUGAUGGGCACCGCGCUGCGCCUUGCUGGCCUGGGCGCAGCAGGGGCUAACACAUCAGCGGCAGCAACACCAGGCCCGGUGCGGGCUUCCUGUGGCGGGCAGGAGCAGCCUCAGCCUCAGCAGCAGCAAGGGCCGCAGGAGGAGGAGCAGGGAGGCGAGCAGGCACCCCAUGACCUGUUCGGCGUGCUGCUGCACGCAGCACAGCAGCCAGCGGCCGCCGCCUCGGGGCUGACAGCCGACCUGGCGGCCUCAUUUGUGGCGCUCAUGCCGCGCCUUGCCAGCGAGGAGCAGGCCCAGAAGGUGAUUGGGGCCGGAUUGGGUGCCAGCUAUUAA